AUGAGACCGUUUAUAACAGGUCAUGAAGACCUAAUUCAUGAUGUUGCGUAUGAUUUUUAUGGGAGACACGUUUCAACGUGUUCUUCGGACCAACACAUCAAAGUUUUUAAGCUUGAUAAAGAAACGAAUGAAUGGCAAUUAAGUGACUCUUGGAAGGCUCAUGAUAGCUCGGUGGUAAGUCUGGACUGGGCUAGUCCUGAGUAUGGACGUAUGAUUGCGUCUGCCUCGUACGAUAAGAUGGUGAAUUUGUGGGAAGAGGAGCCAGAUGCGCCUGAGUGUUCUGGUAAGCGGUGGACGAAGCUAUGUACGCUAAAUGAUGCGACGGGCCCACUUUUCAGCGUGAAAUUUGCGCCUGGACAUUUAGGAUUGCGCGUUGGCGCUAUAGGCAACGACGGAAUAUUAAGAUUGUAUGAAGCCCUAGAACCCUCCGAUCCCAGAUCCUGGAUAUUAUCCACAGAGGUCAAAGUGCUGCCUAAUCCACCUGCUUCGCAUCUUCAGUCUGAUUUUUGUUUGACUUGGUGUCCUUCCCGGUUUUCUACUGAGAAAAUUGCCGUUUGCGCGUUGGAUCAAGUGUUGAUUUAUCAAAGAGAUCAAGCAGGCAAGAUGUAUGUCGCUGCAAAGCUUGAGGGACAUGAGGGGCUCAUCCGCAGUAUUAGCUGGGCACCUUCGAUUGGAAGAUGGUACCAACUAAUUGCGACGGGCUGUAAAGACGGGAAAGUUCGUAUUUUCAAGCUUAGCGAGACACUGCAGCAGGACAGUGACGAGAUGAGUGUGGACGAAGCACCACGCGAGACAACAGACGAUUCAAAUGUGACGAAGGGUCCAAAGCUGAAAGUUGAGCUCUUGAGUGAGAAUGCCGAUCACGGGGGUGAAGUUUGGUCUGUAUGCUGGAACCUUACCGGAACGAUUUUGAGCUCGGCAGGAGACGACGGCAACGUGAGACUUUGGAAGGCCUCAUAUAUGAACGAUUUUAAGUGCAUGUCUGUCAUAAGCGCUACGGGUAACAAUUAG